GAACGGGAUCCCGCCCCCGCCGUUCAAGCUUCCGUACCCUGAGAGCGCGGAUGUCAUUACAGCCAAUAUGCUGAAGCUCACGGACCUGACUCCGGACGAUCGGAAGCGUUUCCUUCUCAAGAACCUCGUCACCCACCUGCAUCAGUUCGUCCGAGAGACAAGCCUGACCACACAAGAAUGGGAGGAAACCAUAUUCUUCCUGACGGCGACUGGACAGAAGUGCACGCCGCUCCGCCAAGAAUUCAUCUUGCUCUCGGACGUCCUGGGUGUCUCGGCCUUGGUCGACGCGAUCAACAACCCUCCGGUCCACGGCGGAACGGAAAGCAGCGUGCUCGGGCCGUUCUACACGGACGACUCGCCCGAUCUCCAGAACGGCGACUCGAUCGCGUCCGAGGACAAGGGCGACUACAUGUACGUCGAAGGCCGCGUUCUGAGCACGGAUGGGACGCCCGUCCCGAACGCGACGAUCGAGACCUGGGAAACGGACGGCCACGGUUUCUACGAUACGCAGUACGCGGUGCGUGACAAGCCGGAUUGCAGAGGGCGCGUCCAUGCAGACAAGGACGGGCACUUUGGCUACCGUGCUGUGGUUCCCGUCGCGUAUCCGAUCCCGGGAGACGGUCCUGUCGGCAACCUGCUUCUUGCGACGGGCAGGCACAACAUGCGGCCGAACCACUUGCACAUGAUGGUCGAGGCUCCUGGGUUCCGGAAGCUCACGAGCGCCUGGUACCCAGAAGGCGAUGAGUGGCUCGAGAGCGAUGCGGUGUUUGGUGUCAAGAAGUCCUUGGUUGUGGGUCUCUCGGAGGUGCGCGACGAGGCGGAGGCGCGCAAGCGCGGCUUCCCGAAGGGCGGAAGCUUCAAGCUGCUGCACCGCGACAUCAUUCUGGUCCCGGAGGAACAGUCGAAGCAGGCUUUCGAGCAGAACGCGAAGGCUGCGGCCAAGAGCGCGCAGGCCUAGUCUCUGCAUACGAGGCUACUAACCCCAACGGUGAAUUUGCAACGGAACGGGUUACUUACCAGGAAGCGUCCCACAGCAAUUGUAGGCGGUGUACUUGUAUCUGGAGGGUGUGGUGGACUUAUCAGCUACGUUUUCCUGUUCAGCUAUCGGUAUCCAGAGCCAGGAGAGCGGAAGUACGAAACAUCGGAUGUGGCUACGCAUGAUUAUGGGUUAUUUGUACGGCAUACUGACGCGAACAUGGUUCCAUUC